AGCUAUGAUUUGUACCAUGAUGGAUGCCAAUACAAAUUGGGUAGCCACUUCUUUUUCUCCCUUUUAAAGGGGCUGCUGCAUAAUAAGACCCAUUAGACAUUUACCACAUCAAAGAACCAUUCAAAUCUCUAUCACGCACAGAGUCGGGGGGGCAGGGAAAGGAGGGAGAAGAAAAUGACUGCAACCUUUUAGAACAAUAAAACGGAGCUGCUGCAUUUUCAGGAAUCAAAGUGAGUCGUGGGGCUGAGAUGCUACGCGGCUCUUGUGUGGUCCCUGCUUCUCCUUUUCUGUCUCUCCCCUAGCUAUUCCUCCUUCUCUCACAUUCUCUCUUCCCUCUUUUGUGGCUGUAAGCCUAUGAGCUUGCGCAGGCCCGUCCUUACUACACACCCAGCGGGGCUUUAUAAAGGCAGGGCCGGAGGUCUCAGCAGCCAAACGCACUCUCUGCCUGUGCCUGUGACUCUUGGUCUGGAUGCUGCUCUGAAAGCCGACUGUGUCGACCUCUCCCAGCCACCAGCCACGUGGAUUUGAGAUGCUGACUCCACACUGCAGAAGCCCCAAUCUUCUGGCUGUCCUUCUGGGCCCCAUCCUGAUGGCUGUGAGCCGGGCUGCUAUGGACAGUGCAGCGCUGUAUGAACUGGAGAAGGAGCCAGCUUAUUGGGAUGCACAGGCAAAGGAAACACUGGAUGCUGCGCUGAAACUCCGUCCUCGGGAACACCAGGCUAAGAACAUCAUCCUGUUCCUCGGUGAUGGAAUGGGCGUGUCCACAGUGUCGGCCGCUCGAAUCCUGCGGGGCCAGAUGGAGGGUGGGUCUGGGGAGGAAACAGUGCUGGCCAUGGACACCUUCCCAUAUUUGGCCCUGUCUAAGACCUACAGUGUGGAUAAGCAGGUAGCAGACAGUGCCAGCACAGCUACAGCCUACCACUGUGGGGUAAAGGCCAACGCUAAGACAGUAGGACUCAGCGCUAACGCAGUGGCCUACGAGUGUAACACAACCUUUGGUAACGAGGUCUACUCAGUACUACGACGUGCCAAAGCACAAGGUAAAUCAGUGGGUAUAGUGACCACCACCCGUGUCCAGCAUGCCUCCCCAGCUGCUGCCUACGCCCACUCUGUUAGCCGGAGCUGGUACAGCGAUGCAGAUCUUCCUUCUAGCGCCCGACGCCAGGGUUGUGUUGACAUUGCCACCCAACUGGUCACCAACGUUGACAUCGAUGUGAUCCUCGGGGGAGGCAGGAUGUACAUGACACCCAAAGGUACCCCAGACCCUGAGUACCCUACCUCCAACUCCCGCAAAGGGGACCGCAAGGACAGGAAGAACCUCAUAGACGUGUGGCUGAACGCUAAACCACACAAGAAAUCCCAUUACGUUUGGCACAGGAAUGACUUUGAUGAGAUAAACGUUAAAAAUACAGAUCGACUCAUGGGUCUGUUUGAGCCCAAGGACAUGAGGUUUGAGGUUUUCCGGAAUAACACGCGUGAUCCAUCCAUAGUGGAGAUGACAGAAAAGGCCAUUCAAAUCCUCAGGAAGAAUCCGAAAGGAUACUUUCUGUUUGUGGAAGGAGGGAGAAUUGAUCACGGCCACCAUGACGGCAUUGCCAAACUGGCACUGACGGAAGCAGUGAUGUUUGACCGCGCCAUUCAGCGUGCUGCAGAGCUCACUCGGGAAUCUGAUACACUGACUGUGGUCACUGCUGACCACUCACAUGUCUUCACCUUCGGCGGCAACACACCUCGAGGAAAUCCCAUUUUUGGUCUGGCACCAAAGAAAGCAGAUGACAGAAUGCCUUUCACCAGCAUCCUGUAUGCCAAUGGCCCUGGUUAUGUCCAUAUAAAUGGAACCAGAGAGAACAUUACUAUGGUGGAUUAUUAUGACGAGGAGUACAUGCAGCAGGCAGCCGUCCCGCUGGACGCAGAAACGCACGGUGGGGAGGAUGUGGCCAUUUACGCCAAAGGGCCAAUGGCUCACCUGUUCCACGGGGUGAAGGAGCAGAACUACGUGGCACACGUCAUGGCCUACGCUGCCUGUCUGGAGCCCUACACAAACUGCCCUCCUCACCCUCACAGCCAUUCCUCAGCGGAGCGUGCGAACAAACCUUUAAGCCUCAUGUUUGGCCUGCUGAGCCUCCUCUGGUUAUUCAGAUGACGCGCCAACUCUCACACACAGUUUACGCGAUCACACUGCAUGCACGCAGGAAUAAAGACUAUGCACUAAACCGCAUGCAUGCACCGCGCUGUAUGCGCAUAGGUUGGCAAAACAGAACGCAGGGAUAAACAUACACAGUACUGUAUUUGUAAAUGGAAAAAUACUCACAUCACUCUGUAUCUAUCCACACGCACAUGUAAUUUGCCGUGCAUGUAAAGUAUGUGCUUAAACGACAAUGUGUUAACUCUUUUCAGAUGCAAACUAGAAUAAACUUAAGGCUUAUGCACAUGCAAAUAUGCAAAGGCUAAAAGCAGUUCAUAUGCAAGCGGUUAUUUUGAAAAUGCUUCCAUUGUGAAACCAUUAACAGUUGCAAUGUUAAAACCAUUUCCAACUUCUAAUUGCGACGUCUAACGUGCACUAACAAGUAAUUUCCAAAAGCAAGUUUUGCCCUGUUGUUUUUUUUUUUUUUUUUUAUUUCCCCACAAGUUUGUAAUCACUGCAAGCACUUCUCACUUAGAGAUAUUAAAUAUUUGCAAGGGGCUGUAACUUCCCAUCUACACAGAAUAACUUGAAACAGAGGGGGCUCACCGCUUAGCUUCUGGACAUUUCGGCUGGACAUACAACUGUGGGUGACCGUCACUGUGGAACUGAAUGAGUAAACUCUGUGAUGUUACAGAAACUUAACUGAACUGCGACAUUAACAGACAUCUCAAGAGUUCACAAGCCUUUCAGGAGUAGAAAAUACGUAGCUUUUUCUUUCUUUUUUUAAAUAUGUAAUUUGACAUCUUUGGUUCUUAAUCUUACAUGUUUUCUGUUAGUCCAUCUGUCACUUGAUACAACAUGUAAUCUAUUUGGAUUGCAAAUGAAUGUAUUUUGUAAGCAAAUAUUGUAAAUGUAUUUUUAUACAGUUUUUUUUUUUUUUUUU